AUGCCCAUCAUCAUAGCUUCCCUCGUCUUCGCUGUCACCCUUUCUUUACUCCCUUAUGUCGAAGCGGAAGAACAUCUCCCACCUCCACCUCCACCAGCCAACCCUCGUUCAAAGCAGGAUAAAAAAUGCAAUCCGAUCACUUUUCCAUCUUCCGGAAAUAUCGAAUGUGGACAUUUACGAGAUCGGUCAGAUAGUGUUUCUUCCGAUACUUCCACUUCGUCUGAAGGUAGUCAAACUACAGAAUUGGACAUAGGGGAGAGAAAGUUGAGACCGGGUAUGAAACGUACAGAAACGGAUUAUCGUAUCUCUAACCCCUCUUCAUUACUCCUACGCAAACGAUGCACUUCACUCCCUUCUUCCCCUUCUGCCUCCAAUCCAAACUCCACCCGAUCAUUCCCCUCUCUCUCGCCCGAAGCCGAAGUCGACAUCAUCUUCCCUCGUGACUCCAAGGCCUGA